CAUCCCCUUCCCCACGCCCAUCGCCGUCUCUCUAGCACCACCCCGGAGCCAUUUUUGUUGAUACCGUACCACAGUCACUCCUCUACACAGUCCAUGAAGUUCAGCAGUGCUGUUACCAUCGCCGCCCUGGCCGGCGGUGCCCUCGCUAUGGGGAGCGAGGGUGCCAAGCCCAUGGACAACAAUAUGGCCAGGGAGAACGGCAUGCCCGCCACAGACAGCAAGUACGACUCUAAGGGCAUGCUUGACCUCAUGAUGAAGGCCGGCGCGGGUGAGCCCACGGAGGGGCACGAGAAGCGACAGCUAGACAUCCUCACCAAGCUCCUGGGCGUCAUCAACAAGCGCAUGGAGAUGACCGACAUGGAGAAGCGCCAGCAGGGCGGACUUGGCGGCCUGAUGAAGCGACAGGGCAAGCCCGACGGCAUUGGCGGUGCCGGUACCGGCGGUGGUAUCUCCGGCGACAACCUUUCUGGCGGCGCGGGCAAUGUCGGCAAAGACUCUGCCGCCGGAGCUGGCGGCGGCAUCAUCAACGGCCAGCCCUCCGGCGGUGCUGGCACAAUCCAUUUCGGUCAUCAUCGUGACGACGAAGACUGGAAGGUCAAGCGCAACACUGCCUCCCGGCCCAUGACUGGAGCGACACAUGGAGAUAGUUAAGCGACAGCUCGACGUCAUCACCGGUCUUCCCCGUGGCCUGGGCGGCGGCGCUCAAGUCUGCAGGGGUUGGAGAUGGGGCCUACGGUUUCAGGCGUUGUGGGCAGGGCUUCAGGUCUGGAGUGUGUAUCCCCGUGAUUGUGAUGGGGUUGACUAUGGGAAUCUUGGUGGAAAAGAGCGGAUGGACGCACUGUGCCUUGAGGAACG